ACAAGUACAAUAAUUAACCAACUCUAAUUAGUCUAUCCAAAAGUCUUUAUUAUACUCAGGCAUAUAUGGCUUCAAAUAAACUUAUUGCCCUUUUAUUUCUCAUCGUUACACUUUUAUUGAAAGGUGAUAACAAUAACGUCGUCGAAGCACAACUCACGACAAAUUUCUACUCAAGCUCUUGCCCUAAUCUUCUAUCAACCGUCCAAACAGCCGUUAAAUCUGCCGUCAGCAGCCAGAAUCGGAUGGGUGCAUCUAUCCUCCGUCUAUUCUUUCACGAUUGCUUCGUCAACGGAUGCGACGGUUCGAUUCUACUAGAUGACACAUCAAGCUUUACGGGAGAACAGAACGCGAACCCAAACCGGAAUUCUGCUCGCGGGUUUAAUGUGAUCGACAACAUCAAAUCAGCGGUUGAAAAAGCAUGUCCCGGGGUUGUGUCUUGUGCUGAUAUCUUAGCCAUUGCUGCUAGAGACUCCGUCGUAAUCCUUGGAGGGCCGAAUUGGAAUGUGAAGUUAGGAAGAAGAGAUGCAAGAACGGCGAGUCAAGCCGCAGCUAAUAGUAACAUUCCGGCACCGACUUCGAGUCUGAGCCAGCUUAUUAGUAGUUUCAGUGCCGUUGGACUCUCCACCAGAGAUAUGGUUGCUCUCUCCGGAGCGCACACGAUCGGGCAAUCCCGUUGCACCAACUUCCGAGCGAGAGUGUACAACGAGACAAACAUCAACGCCGCCUUCGCCACACUACGGCAGAGAUCUUGCCCGAGAACCGCCGGUUCCGGCGACGGAAACCUAGCUCCACUGGACGUAAACUCGGCGGCUUCAUUCGACAACAGCUACUUCAAGAACCUAAUGGCUCAGAGAGGUCUCCUCCAUUCCGACCAAGAACUCUUCAACGGCGGCUCCACCGACUCCAUAGUCCGUGGAUACAGCAACACUCCGUCGAGCUUCAGCUCCGAUUUCGCGGCGGCGAUGAUCAAGAUGGGUGAUAUUAGCCCCUUGACCGGUACUAGCGGUGAGAUCCGCAAGCUUUGCGGGAGGACCAACUGAUUACUCUCUCCACGUGUCGUCUUCGGAUUGGCUUUUGUCCUUUUUUCCCGUAUUAAUUCUUCACAAGAGAAUAAGAUUUGAUCAAAAAUUGAAGAUCCGUUUUAAUGUGUGUGUGUGUUUUUUUUUUCAUUUCCCUUGUUUGUUUUGUCUUGAAGUGUGUAUUUUCGCAUUGAUUAUCUCAUGAAAUUGAUAUUUUGCGAUUUUUAUUACC